GUUUGAUAAUCUAACAGUGCAAAUGCGCCGUUUUCUUUGGACUAAGGUGGACACAAGGUGUAGGUGUGCAGUUCGGAUGACGCUCGUUUCUCUACCUCCUACCGUGAACACCCCUCUCCUGCAGUCCAGAGUGCAACCUGCGUGCUUUUACAGCAAAAUGGCGACAGUCUAAUAGAGGGAGAGAAGACGGUGUCAGGCGCAGUGACAAACUUGAAGACAUGAGCGCUCGUCCUGAGAAAGUAUCGCUGCUAUGUCUGAUCUGAAGCUGAAUGCGCAAGAGGACAAAGACGUGGAAUCGGUGUCUGACAGCCCAGGUCGUACUCGGGAGCCAUUACAGACUCACACAUUCUCCCCGAAGAACAAUGCUGCAGGUCUGUCCUCAGAUGAACACGAAAACCCUUUAAAUGGAACCCAGCCGAAUCCAUUUGUAUACAGCAGUGUCCCUGCUGUUCCCCAUGCAGACAAUUCAUUGCCUUCAGGAGCACUUGUUAAUGGACCUGGUUCACACCCCAACUCAGAGGUACACUGUGUCCUGAACAAAGGCACUGUUUUAUCCAACAGUGUCCUGGAUGCCGUGUGGCAAGCGGAGAAGGACACGAGCCCCGAGGUGUUACCACCACCUAGUGAGCUUCAAUCAGACGCUUGGAAGAACACAGUGGGACCCGACGUAAAAACACCGGCCACACAGCCAGGUGUCAACACGCCACUGUCUCACUCGGAGGAGAAUGAGUCUAAACUGGCCUAUUCCACGCUGUCAGGUGACAGUGCAGAGCAAAUGCACAUUAGCCAACCUUUGACAAAACAGACAAUAAAAACAAGAUCUCCACGGGACAUGGAACGGUCUGGAGUCUCCUUGGAUGAUUAUGAUAAUACUGAAGUAAUCAGGUGGGAUUCAACAAGAAAAUGCUUUUUGCACAACGACAGAAGGCUGGAGACCAAAGUGAUGCCCAAAAGAGACAAGAAGCACAAUACAUACACAAAAAGCAUGUUAGGCUGUCUUGAAAAGGUUAACAACAGCUACAGACAUUUCUGCAGUGGUAAUGAUGUUGAAAGUGUUGACACUGGCAACAAAGAUGAAUUUUUGGGUACACAAUCUGACAUUAAAUAUUCAGUUAUGCCAUUCAAAGACCUUUCUCGGAACAUAGCUUUAGACUCUGAGAGCCAUAUUUAUAGCACAGCGCAGGGAGGCAGUAAUGAGGAAAAUGACCCUGAAGAUGAAAACUGUGUUAGUCCAAAAGUGGAACAGUUGAAGGCAGAGCAACUUGAACGAGAUUCACUUUUCUUUUCAUGCACAACAUGCAAUGUUAAUUUCAAGGAAAAAAGACAUUUCCAUAGACAUAUGAUGUAUCAUUUAGGCAAGCAUAAUCAGGUGAACAGUGAGAAUGAUUCACAGCCCUUUAUAUGCGGAGAGUGUGGGCUUUUGUUCUGUGAUAGCAACUCCCUCAUGAGGCACAUCAUUAUUCACCAAGAUAGGCUGGAAAAACUUAUGGAGGAAAUUGAAGGUCUCAAAAAGACUGAAUUUGAAGAUGGGGCCACCGCAGUGCCGUGCUCUCGGUGCACGUUUGGUUGUAACUGCCAAAAAGUCUUUGUCCAGGGUACCAAAACACAUGAUAAUCUGAAGCACUACUACUUUUGUGAGGAAUGUAAUUACAUUUCCUUGACACGGCAGACACUUGUAGCACACUUACAUGUUGCACACCUCAACACACACCAGCCUCAAAACAGGAAAAUGAGUCAUACUAAUGAUGCAGAGGGAGCACAACAUGUUCCGUUUCAGUGUAAAAUGAGUUUUUUCCCAAGGAGAGACAAAGUAGUGUUAGGAAAACAUUCUGAAAUGCCAUAUGUUGGCAAAUAUAAAACAAUGGCCCGAUGUAAACCAAAUCUAUUUAAAUCUACUUUAAAGGAAAAACUCGACCGUUCCACUGAAAAGGGGGAUAUUCACAUUCAAAAAACUGUUGACAACACUGUAAACUGUCAUCAGUUUAAACCCAAUGCCAGCUGCACUAAAAGCAUGCUGUCGCCAUAUUUGUGGAGAAUCGACAAGCAUGGAAAGUUACUCUUACAACCAGCAGAAAAAUUGGAUGUGGAAACCGAUCUCACCUGUGUACAAGAAGAUGCUGAAAACAAUGACCGCAGGGCUUUUGGCAGCUUAAAGCUGGCAAACCGUCCUACAGCCGCUGCUUUUACAGCCAGGAAGCUUAAAUUGGACCAGAUGUUCUGUCAGGGAAGCAAAAAUGACCCCGUAAACGGGAGUUUACAAGUACAAGUAAGCCAAAAUUCUCCAUCAAUGGGAAAAAUGACUACACCUUUGCAUAACACUACUGAAAGAAUGAAUGGUAAUAUAUUGCCUGGGCUUAGCCAGAGGCUUAAGAAACAGUGUGCAGUUAGGGAGUUAAAGAAAGGCUGUGAGGGUGAUGAUAACUUCAGUGAUGACACCAGCGAAGCUACAGGCAGCUCCUUGGAAAGCAGCGAGAAUGAAAGGAACUCAUAUGCUCGGAGGUAUUUGAAAAAGAGGCAGAGCUUUACAGCCAAACACCAAAGCCCCCACGCACUCAAGGUUGAAGAUGAUGGAGAUGAAGACUGCAGUGACAUAGAACAGCUCAUAAUCAAAGAGGAGCACAUUGAAACGACAGUGAGUGAUGAUUCCACAGAAUUGCCUAAUACAUCUCCAAGUGAUAGUUUUGAUAUGUCCCCCACACCAUCAGUAAAACAUAAGCCCUGUCCUUACUGUCCCGCCACGUUUGAGUCCGGAGUGGGUCUGUCCAAUCACGUGCGAGGACAUCUUCACAGAGCUGGGGUGAGCUACAAUGCCCGGCACAUGGUUUCACCGGAGCAAGUGGCGUUGUGGGACUAUCAGCCAAGAAUCCGCAGAAAGAUUUCUACUGGCAUGAGAAAAAAAGCUGUUAAGCCAGAAACUCGAGGACAACACACGUGUCCUGUGUGUUUGGAAUGUUUUGAUAGCAAAACUGGCAUUGCUAACCAUGUGAGGGGACACCUGAAACGAAUAGGUACAAAGGUUACCAGCAGCAGUAAGUCUCCGCUGUGCGCACUAAAUGAAUUGCUACAGAACAAAACGGAACAUUGGAACAACCUUCUGACUAAGAGUCAGUUCUCCUCUCAACCUUUAGCCCCUCAGAAGUUCAUCUGCAGCAAUGGCCUCUUUCUGAUGCAGACAAGCAUCCCAGGGAAACUCCAACAUGUCAAAAGGAGUCUGCAUCCCAUAAAGAAAAGCCUUGUGUGUAAACACCUGGUAGAUAAUCUCUCAGAAAGGAAGAAGCUACAUGGGGAAGCAGAAAGAGGCACUACAGCCACAUCAAGCACUUUAGUUGAACUCCUCAAAGCCAAACAGGAAAGUGUGGAGCUUGCAGUGAGCCAAGAAGCCUAUGCAACCAGGAUGAUCUGUGAGAUGACCAACGCUUAUAUGGCCAAAACAGAGAUGACCAGUCGGGAACCAAACUGGUCUGCUGGGGAAUGUGACUCAAAAAAGAUUUAUAUUCAGUGUGACAGCACCUUCCCCACUGUUUCCCAGCUUCCUGGUCAUAUUCAAGCAAAUGCACACAGGAAGAGGAUUGCAAUUUUUGAAGAAGCAGACUAUGAUUUUAGGAAGAAGAAACCAAGACUAAGGCCGGAGCUUAAAAAUAAUAAUUUACCUUCACUGAAUACUGAGAUGUGCACACUGACCUGCAGAUUCUGCGACCUAGUUUUUCAUGGUCCCUUUUCCAUUCAGGAGGACUGGAUCAGGCAUUUACAGAGGCACCUUCUACACACCAGCGUACCCCACUCAGGGAGAGGGAUGGUAGAGGUUUUAGCCCUUCAUCAGAAAAUACAACUAAGCAUGUCUCACGAGGACCCAGAAACUGGGUAGUUUUACUUCCAGAUCCCUCCAGAUCUAUGUAUUUCUCUCUCUCACUCUUAUUCUCCCUCUAGAUAUAUAGAUAUAUCUAUAUAUAUCUAUACCAGCAUGUUUCUGGAAAGAAGUAUUUUAGUUAUCCAGGCUACUAUAUAGUAUAAAUUUUCUGUAUAUUUGCAAAAACUUAAUUAUAGCAUAUUUUAAUGCAACACUUUGCCUCAGCUAAUACGACUAAUAGGAUUCCUGUUUUUUGACUGCAGUAUAAAUUAUGCGCAACAAUAUGUAUGAUCCAAAAAAUGUUUUUGCCAUUAUAUAAGUGCCUUGUUAAUUCAACAAAACAACUGCUCAAAAAUCAGAUUUUUGUAAGAAGGUUUUUAUUAUAAUACAAAAACUUAGAAGGAGCAUUAGUUAGAAGGAGAACUGUACUUUAAAAAUAGACAAGAAUUUGAAUGUGUUUCAUGUUUCAUUUUCUUUUAGAGAUAAUAUUCAGUGAAACUGUUGCUCUACUUGUACGCACAGUACAGAGUGUCAUUAGUUUGUGGAUGCUUUGUACAAUUUCACCUCUGUGUACCUGCAUCAGAGACAGAAUUCUUCUUAAUCCAAAUGACAUUCAAGACGUUGGGACAGCUUGUUCUGUCAUCAUUUGUUCUUUGCUUUAACCUUCAACAUUCAGCUUAAUUUCUGAAAUCUGAUUCUCAUUGUUAGGCACAACAAUAGCUUUUUAUGAAAAACCCUCUUUAGUUGUAACAAAAGUUAUAUUAUUUUCUAUGAUUAGCUCUGUGUUUCCAAAGGUGCUGUCUUUGGUUCAGUGGAAAUGUGUUGUAAUUAGAGACAUCACGCUUAAAAUUCAUAUUUAACAGUUUAAAGACAACAAGUACUGGAAAUACUAUGAACAUUACCUAUUAUCCAAAUUCACUUGCACUUAAAUUUGUCACAAAUUUUGCAUGACAGGACUUCUGGCUAUGCGCUAAGAUAAAUUUAGGUAUUUCAGCAUGUGAAUAAGUACUUUUGCCAGGUCCUUUCAGUAAAAUGUAGUAGUUUACCUUUUUCUUAGUACAUUUUCAUAAUUGUAUUCUCUACAUUGUAUAUUUUAAGAACAGCUAAGGCUUUGACGUGUGUGAUCUAGUCUGGCUGAACCUAUUGCCAAAGCACUUACCUCAAUUGUAACACUUUUGAUUUAUACUAUAUUAAAAGCCAACAAAUAGUAUAUUUAAAAUUCAGAAAUUUAGAUUUAGCUAAAUCAAACAAAUGCUUGCUCUGGUUUUACAACCAAAUGCCAUGAAAGGAUAACUAUUUUAUGCAUUUACUUGCCUAUUUUGAAUAUGAAAAACUGCAGAUAUAGCAUCUCCUAACAUGUUGUACAGUUUAGCUUUGUAUUAAUACAUGUUGUUGAAUCAAUUUAAGAAUUCCAAUUUGAUUUGGAUAAUAUCUUCCGCAAUCAAAUAUUCAUACAAUUCUGAUGAAACUUGCAUGCAAAUAUUUGUAUAGAAAUCAGCUCCAUUGAUAUUCAGCAUGUGUGAUAUGAAAGACGUGUUGUAAAUUUAAGGAAUUAAACACAUGUUUAUUUGUUGAUGCUGUGCCAAAUUACAUUAGUGACGUUUUUCAAGAUCUUUUUAAUCUGAUAAAAAGACCUUAUAUGAUGUGAUACCAUGCUUAGAGGAGCAUCUGACUCCUCUCGGCUGCACUGGCAUUAUUUACAGCAGCAGUUAUGAGGGACUGAGCAAAAGGUUUAACGAACUUGCGGAUAAUUGAGCAAGGUGAGAUUAGGUUAAACAAGAGACUUCAUUUACAAUAAAAUGGUGUUUAUCACACAAUAUGCUGUUGAAAAGACAUGUUAAUUACUAAACCUUAGCUGAAUCACAGAUCAACAGGCAGGUGCACAUUUGCACACUGAAACAAACAUUGCUGGCUGGAAGAAGUCCUAAGGCAAUUUGAGUGUGGGUGAUUGAAAUCCAUACUCGACUUCCAAUGUAAAAAUAUAUUCCAAAGUUUUUCUGAAAAUAACACGAUGUCUGUUUUGUGUUUCUUUUCCUCUGCUGUGCCUCAGCAGGGAAACAUAAUCCAGGGCAAAGAGAGAGAGAAAGGAAAUUUCUUGGUGUAAAACUGUAAGCUUGAAGGAUAACCACUUGGGUUGUUGAAAACAGACUCCAGAAAGAAGGUUCAUAACGGAGCAGGCCAUGGUGACAGCAUUCUGUCACUCAGUCAUUGGUCACUGUUCCUUUAAUAUUUUUCACCUUUGUUCAGCUGCAAUUUUUCACUAUACACGGAGAAGUCUUUUUUGUACUUGUGCCAAUGAGUAUUGUCAGCAUUGGCUCUAGUGAAGUGCAAACACACCUUUGAACGUUUACUUCUCUCUGCCAUUGUCAAUAAAAGCAAUGUCUUCCUAUGUGUCACCUCUUGCAGCAGCUGCUCCACCCUCCAACCCCUUAGAAAUCUCUCUCUCCUGGACUGGGAAUAGUAAAAGAUGCAUGUUAAAUGAAUAUCGCCAUCUUAUUGUAAAUCAGAAACAGAGUUGAUUAGACACAAGAGACGUGUGCAGCAUAAAAAAGUGAGAUCAAGCCAACAUGUUCAGAUUCAUAUUUUAAACAGACUUUUGCACAUGGCUGAAGACGUCUUUAUUUGCCUUUAUUUAAAUGUAUUAUGUUAAAUCAAGCCACAACCUUGGCAAAUGCCAGUUGAAAUAACUUGACAAAUGAGAAUUCACAAACGGUUAAAUUGAUUGGCCAAUUUGUUUGUAACCAAAAAGCAGAACCAGUGCCUGUAAGACCCAAACAUUGGUGUCAUUAGCCUAUUAAAUGGCAGUUUUCAGAUAUUAUCACUCCAGUAGAUUUGGCUAGUGUCUCCUAGCUCACUAGCAGGCUGUUUCAACCUCGUUAAAUUACGAUGUUGGCACAGAUAACAAAUAAAAGCAAGGUAGAAGUGACAAAGUUGGUAUUCAGUGGUAGUGGGGUCAGUGGUGGCAUGAGACAUUUGUUGCACUGGGGUUUGUGUCGCAGCUGCAACUGGUUUUUAGACUUUAUUUUACAACUAAUAUGUGCUGCUUAAUGGGCCACAAACAUCCAAAGUUAGUGAGUAAACAUUAAAGCUCUUCAUAGAAACUCAAAAAAACACAGUUGUCCUGCUGUUUAUCCCCAUUUUCCCCAUUAAUGUUCUGCCACAUCUAUUUUAAAGUCAAUUAUAUAUUUGUGGAAGUAAAUGAAUAUUUUGCUAGCUUCAACCAUGCAUGAAUAUAACAACAGUGAAGCCAGAUGUGAGUUUAAAUGACUUUCUCUUGCUGCUUCAAACCUGCAGUGCCUUUGAAAUCUGUGAGUGGAAAUAUUUCACAGUACAUAGUAAGUGAUGUCUUUCACAUUCAGACAGCAGAAAAUUCAUUGUUUGUGUUAGUGCAGGAUGGCCAUUGCCUUACAGAUCUUCAGCUGCAACAAGAUUCACAUUCAGACAAAAGAAAAUCUGAGUGCUGGUGUCACUUUGUUUGGAAGCUGUAGAGGAAAAAUAAUAAAGAUAUGAUUUAAAUAAAGGCAAAAUAUGAAUUUGUAGUGGAUUUAAUGGAGUAGAGUUUAAGGUUGAUUGGUGUUUAUCAUGUAUUAAUCUGUUUAAUCUGCCCUGAAAGUGGUGGCGUAAACAACCUCAAACACCACAGCAAUUUUUUUUGACAAAAACGUCAUCAUUCUAAUUUCAAAGAAAAGUCUCUUUGAUUACAGAGCACAGAUGCAACUUUUAGCAGCAGCAGCUGGAGUUGCCGCUUUCAGCUGUCUAAAGGUGUCUUAUGUGAUAAUGAAUCAGCCCCUUCCCCACAACACACAACCUGAUUUUAUUUGUUAUGUUUAACAAAAUUUGUUGCAAUUCAGUUGGGUGAAAGAUGCACAUUUCAGUGUCAUUUUGCACCAUUAUUCCCAACAGAAAGUAAUAUUAGGGCUAUGUGCUAUUUUAAACUCCAGUGUUUUGCAGCAGAACUGGCUGGGUAUUUGAUGUUUCUAAUGCUUGAGAGCCACUUCUGGGUUUUCUACUUACCAGUGGCAAAGGGGGCUAACCCUGCAGUUUAUCUUGGGCAGUAUUUAAAGCAGCGAUCAAAGCUGUACAAACCAAUUGUCAUCAUGCUUCUCUGGAGGGAAUUUUGAAGUACAUUAAUACUCCUUCUUUGGGAAAUAAUUGUGCCACUCUGUGAC